AUGGUCGUGGGUAGCGAAAGUGUGUGGUCCUGCCCCGGUCUUUAGAGGACCUCUUCUUCGUUAUUCGUCUGACUGCCCGAACAUUUCCUUGCUCCGGCAGCGGAAUGGAAGAACCCUGGUGACAGCACCACGGACAGACCCACGCUGAGACCGAGGAUGGCGGUGGACGCGGCUUCCAGCUUCAGCUUUUGCCGCGCCUCCCUGGAGCACACGCUGUCGGCCGAAGAACUGAGCUACCAGCUGCCACGUCGCUCGGGAGGCAGCAACCUGACCUGGCACGAUGGCCGCGGCCAGACGACGGCGCACACACGCACUGUCAAACUUUUGCAGCAACCCGGCACGGAGGGCAUCCAGCUGCAUCCAGGUGAAGCGUUUACUGUGUAUCACACCAGCCCGACGUUGUCAAGUCUGUCCAAACCUGUGGUGCUGUGGACUCAACAGGACGUCUGCAAGUGGCUUAAGAAAAACUGUCCUCACAACUACCUGACCUAUGUAGAAGCCUUCUCUCAUCACGCCAUCACAGGGCGGGCCUUGCUGCGUUUGAAUGGGGAGAAGCUCCAGCGAAUGGGAGUUGUCCAGGAGACACUAAGGCAGGAAGUCCUCCAACAGGUCCUCCAGCUUCAGGUUAGGGAAGAAGUUCGCAACCUACAGCUCCUUAGUCGAACCUCCUUUGGAAACUUUUCUUAGUUCAUCCCUUGGUCCACUUGGAAGCCUUUGCACCCGUCCCCUGACACACAAAAAAAAACAAAAAAAACUCCACGACCCUUGGAAGAGCUUCUGUCUUGAGAUUGGUGAGCGGAGAAUCAAGCGGACAAGCCGAGAGACGCCGUGCCAACCGGUCUGGUGGAUUGUCAUUCAGCAUCGGUUUAGCAGGCCUCCAGGCCUGCGUACCAACUGUAGCAUAGUGAGAAGGUGGGAGCAUGAUGUUGUAGCUAACUAACACUGGUUUAUGCCUACUUUCAGCAACUCCAUUCUUAGUGGACUUAAAUGUGGGCUCCUCAUGCUUUGUGGAAAGAAUGGCCAACCACUUCCUCUAUUUACAAGGAUAAUAUUGCUCCACAUUGAUUGAUCAAUAUAUUCAUGGUGUUUACCUCCACUGAGAGGCCAUUAUGAUUCAGUACACAAUAUUAAUGAACACUGUUAAAGCUGCUGUGUCACAAAUAAGUGGCAGCCUAGAGAACAAACGCGUUCUAACGAUCUGCUAGCGUUAUAUCCCGCAUUCUUCCUGAUUCCACCAUGUCAGCUACACCACACUAAAAGGACACAGCAAAACCGUAUGGUACAAAAGCAGAGUUUGGGAAAGUCUAUUAUUUUACUCACGUUUGAAAUAAUUUCGUUCUCCAAGGUAUCCUCCUUGUAUGUGCACGCGUUUGCGUAAGACCAAACGGCGAUUUCUUACAAAUUGUAACUUCUAAUUAUGACAAAUAUAGACAUUUAUUUGUUAAACAUAUCCUCUUAAAGGGUCCAAUUAUUAUUUGUAUCUACUUUUAAAACCCUUCCUUGCAGAAUAGAUUAGGGGUUUCUUAACCAUAUGGCUGGGGCCCAUUGUUUGGAUGCGAGCGCCCUCUAGAGGGCCAUGAAAAAUAUAUUUUUCCCCAGCUGUGAUUUGUAUGGACCGCAGCAGUACUCAGUUGUAAUACACUAUUCUACCACUUGUGGCAGUAAUGACAAUCUCAAACAAGUGUGGAGCUUUAUAGAGAAGCUUCUUAAGCUCAAAGAAAUAUGGACUGAAGUGGUGAAGUUGUAUUUUCAUUUGCACUUUAAUGUUAUUGAUAGUUAAGAAAAAUAUUCAUUAUCAAUUUUGUUUAUUUGUGCACAACAUAAUUGUACGUAAAAAGUGUUUUUGUUAGUUAUUUAUGAGUCACUUUUUAUGCAGUCUAUGUGGUUAGUCCUUAUUUCUCUAAUCAGUCAUGGUUUAAUAUCAGCUGACAAGGUUGUAAACUAGAAGUAGGUUAGAUAUAAUUAUUAAAUAUGAUUAAAAUUUAAAAGUAAGAUUACUAAUUCCUCAAUAAUAUUUGAGUGGUCACCAAGCCACUCUGUAGUGGAAAAGUUGGGUCCCAAGGUCCAAAAGGUUAAGAACCCCUGGUCUAGAAAAUAUAUAUUGGAUAUGUAACUUUUGCAUAAGUUUGGCUCCACAGUCACUUUUAUAACCUGUUUUUGAGCCUUUUAUUUUUUUAGACAAGAUCGACAAUAAUAAACUUCAUAAACAAUAUAUAAUAUUCACCCAGUCACAACAUUAGCUGCAUUAAAAACAGCUGCUUCUAGCAACAUUUAUGUGACACGUGCAGCAUUGUGCACAAGCCACAAUUAGAUGACAGAUUUUGUGUUUCCUCAUUGCCUGACGCAGACAGGGGAGCACCUCCCCUCUGGCCAAGAGCAUAUACUUAAUGUCUAAAUAAGUACGUCCACCUCACUGUGACGUCACAACGUAGCCAGACUGCAAAAUACUGCGGGCAGGGGCAACCAAACUGCGUGCUAGCUAACACCCAAAUGCAUGACCCUAAUGAUUUAAUGCUUUGGCAUUGUUUAACACAAGUAUCCAACAUUGUAACAUUUACAAGUCAGAAAAGAUUAAAUUCAUCAUAGGUCCCCUUUAAACUACUAAAGUUAACAUAUGCUAGCCGUUUGUGACGGUUUUUUGUUUUUGUUUUUUUUGGUUAAUCGUUUUUGUUUAAAUUUUGACCAAGUGACAUACAGCAGCUUUCCUUUGACCAUCUUCGUCAAAACUGAUCUUUUUUAAUGCAUUUUUUCCUCAUUGUACAUAAUGUUGAAGUUACCUGUCACUUUUCAGGCAAUUGAUGCUGAGAACAUGGUUUCACUUAUAUAAUGACACAGUUACACCAUUUGUCAAGCGAAAUUGACUAAUGAAUUCCAUCUAAGCUGUAAAAUGAAUGCUGCUUAGAGAGCAUUCCCUGUGGUUUUGAGUACACUGUACUAAUGUCCUUCUACUGUAAACUAAUCCAUCACUCACAACCUACAGUGCAUUUUCCUCUCAGGAUUUCAGCUUUGAAAUGAUAACACUGGUGGAUGAGUAAUGGUAGAUAUUACUAUCACACUUUUUGUACUGUGAUUGAACUAGACUUUAUACCGUAUAGAAAUACAGUAUAUACAUUGUAAGGGUUGUAAAAUAGGAUACUCAUAGGAGUUCAGUGUUGUUUCAGUGGGACAAAUCCCAAGGACACGCAAGUGUAAUGUGGUGAUCUCAUUGUCUACGCUUGAUGAAGCAAUAAUAUAAAUAUAAAUUACACAGAGACGAAUAGCUGUUACGGAUAAGUGUGACGUAUUGAAAUGAGUUGUUUGUAAUAUGUGUGCUGAGGGGAAUGCUUUGCCUAUUAGAGAAGCAGCAUUUAGCGGAGUGUGACUGUAAAGUCAUGGUGACAAACACAAAGAAAAAGAAUGUUGUAUUGUUCCCACCCUCUCCUCUCUGUGUGACACUGUGAUUUUAGAUGCUUCAAAAUCAUGUAAAACUGUGACAGUUUCCCACACAUAACAUUCUGUCUCAAGUGAGCACCUUGGACGUCAGUUUUUGUAGAGGCAAACAUCCGUGUAGGAUAAUAAUUUUAUAUUUGCAUACGUCAGUAGAUAAUCAUGACUCAUCAGACACCUUCACUGCAUCUGGUCUUUGGAAGCCAGAUGCCUAAGGCCUGUUAGCACAGUAAGUGAUUGACUGUUGAAAGGGAGAACGUCUACAGUAUUAUUUUUGAAUGAUCUGACUAUCUGUGCAUAUGCUGUAGAGCAGUGGUCCCCAACCACCGGGCCACGGCCAGGUACCGGUCCGUGGAUCGAUUGGUACCGGGCCGCACAAGAAAUUACAUUUUUAAUUAAAUCAACAUAAAAAACACAAUAUAUACAUUAUAUAUCAAUAUAGAUCAAUACAGUCUGCAGGGAUACACUCCGUGAGCACACAUGAUUGUAUUUCUUUAUGACAAAAAAAAAUAAAAUAAAAAAAAUACCAUACCCCCCCCCGGUCUGUGGGACAAAUUUUCAAGCGUUGACCGGUCCGCAGCUACAAAAAGGUUGGGGACUACUGCCGUAGAGUGUACAUUAUUGUCUGUAGGGAAAGUAAAACGAUGUAUGUCUGCCUCACAGAUAUGACUGUGGACUUUUCUACAAUAAACUAUUGCAGUUCAAAGUUGAACCUCCUGUUGUUGAAGACAA